AUGUCUAAUGUGCAAUUGAGCGAAGGCGUCAUUCGUUCGAUUUUUACGAAUGUGGAAAAAUAUCACAAUCCAACAGGCGGAAUCUUUCAGUGCCAUAGAACACGAAAGAAUGACCCCUCUGUUCAACCCAACAGGAAAAACUUGAUUGUGAUCUCGGAUGGUGCUGUGAGAGUGAAAGCGUUGUUGAGGAAUGAAGCGGUUCGGAAGGCACGCGAAAUGGAACUAAACGUGGGGGACAUUUUCCAAAUGACGCGUGGGGAGCCUGCGAUCGUGAAAGAGAAAAAGAAGUAUGUGGUGCUAAUCGACGAUAUUGAGAUCUUGGAACGCGGUGUUGAACUUCGUAAUCCUGGCUCUGAUCUUAUCGACAAUUAUCUCAGUGCUCAUCCUGGAGAAGUAGUGUCGUUGGACGAGCCUCUUCAACAAGCAGUUCCAGCUGCUGUGCCCCAGCCUCAGCCUCAGCAACAGCAACCACAGCAGUAUCAGAAUACGCCACAAUAUGCACCACAACAACAUCAGUAUAAUGGUGGAAGAAAUGGUACAAUUCAGCCAACUUCGUCCCAGAAAAGCAGGCCCAUAUUUGCCAUAGAACAGCUUUCUCCAUACCAGAAUAUGUGGACCAUUAAAGCAAGAGUGUCAUUCAAAGGUGAUAUAAAGACCUGGAGUAACCAGAAAGGCGAAGGCAAGCUGUUCAACGUUAAUUUACUAGACACUUCAGGCGAAAUCAGAGCAACCGCAUUCAAUGACAACGCUGUGAAAUACUACGAACUUUUACAGGAAGGGAGGGUUUAUUACGUUUCCAAAGCGCGAAUCCAGCCCUCAAAACCUCAAUUUUCUAACUUGUCACAUCCUUAUGAACUGCAGCUGGACCGCGACACGGUGAUCGAAGAAUGCUACGAUGAAGUGGAUGUUCCAAAAAUGAAUUUUAGUCUAGUUAAAGUGAACGCUGUGGAGACAAUGGAACCUAGUUCAACUAUCGACGCGAUUGGGAUCAUUCAAACUGUGAAUCCGCCCUUCGAGAUUACAUCGAAAGCAGGGAAGAGGUUUGAUCGUCGUGAUAUCACACUAGUGGACGAUACAAAUUAUUCGGUGAAUGUAGGACUUUGGGGUAAGCAGGCCCUUGAUUUUAAUUUACCCGAGGGCUCUGUUCUUGCAAUCAAGGGCGGACGUAUAACUGAUUUCAACGGGAAAGGACUAUCCAUUGGAUUCAACAGCACGCUGCAUCCCAACCCAGAGAUACCCGAGGCUUACACACUAAAGGGAUGGUUUGACUCUACUGGGCGCAGUCAACAGUUUCAUUCAUUGAAGCAAGAGCCCUCUGCAGGUGGCGGAAACAAAGCUAAGUUUAUCGCAGAACGUAUAACUAUCGCAAAAGCGCAAGCAGAAAAUCUUGGAAUGAGUGAAAAAGGCGAUUACUUCAACAUUAGAGCUGCCGUGAACUUUUUAAAGGUCGACAACUUUGCCUAUCCUGCGUGUGCUAAUGAAGGGUGCAACAAGAAGGCAAUUCAAAACUCUGAUGGCACCUGGAGAUGCGAAAAAUGCGAUGCUGACCAUGAAAAGCCUCACUGGCGGUAUAUGCUGACCGUAUCUGUGCUUGAUGAAACAGGUCAAUUAUGGAUGACGCUGUUCAAUGAGCAGGCAGAGCUGUUGAUGGGCACGGAUGCAGGCACUUUGAUUGAUUUGAAGGAAAAUGAUGCUGACGAGUUUACGAAAGCCACGCAAAAAAUACAGAUGUAUCAAUACGACUUUAGGAUACGUGCUAGAGAAGAUCAUUACAAUGAUCAGACGCGUAUACGGUAUUCUGCCUCCAACGUUCACGCUUUGAAUUACAAAGCCGAAGCCGACUUUUUGGCUGAAGAACUUGGCAAGGUGUUUUUGAGCUGA